UUUUUUUUUGCAAGUGUCUUUGCCGUGCUGCGUAUGUGUGCGUGCCCAGUGAUAAGCUUCAUUGACCUCCUGACCCCACUGUCUGUGAUUUUUGUUCGAGUGCCGCGAGAGGAAAGUGCGUAAAAGGUCCAGCAAAACUGUGCGAUUAGCUAACGUCUGGCCAUAACCGUUUAGUAUUCGCCAUUUACCAUUUACUAUUUUCCAUUUACCAGCAAGCGGAGCAGUGCAUUCAACUCCAUUUGGAUGGCAUCCAAAGGAAAAUACAUGAAUUGUGAUAUGUAAAAGGAGGGGUCCUUAAAGGAGUUAAAGCAAGCGAGAUAGCAUUAAUGUAAAACUAUGCACAAUAAACACCUAAAAACAAUCUGGUAACUUUAAUACACCUAAAACUAUUCGCUGUUAAACAUUUAAUGCAAAUAAACUUAUAAUCAAUGCACCUUGGCUAAAAAUUUACGAAGUGAACAUUAAAUCAAAAUAAAAAUCAACUAAAACGUUUCCUUUAGAAAACCAUUAUUAUUAAUCAUGGUUAGCAUUUAACCAAGAAAACAAAAAGUAGCGUUAAUAAAGUUAAAACGACAAACCUGCCUUAAAAAAGUUAACUCGUGUUCAGUAUCAUUAUUAACAAGCGAACCAAUUGUGUUUAAACCAACAAAUCACUUUCAAUCACAAAAAAUUGAAAUAAAUUACAAAAAAAUUAAUGCGCUUUAAAAAUGAGUUAUAAACAUUAAUGCGGAAUAUUUAAAAUCAAGAAUUUAACCCAUAAAGUUGUCAAACAACCACAGCAAUGAGCAGCAACAAUGGCAACGAUCAUUCGCAACAGCAGCAGGUGGCAGGUGCCGCAGCAACAACCACUGCCAAUUCGGAGGCUAAUGCAGCUGGAUCCGGAACCGGAUCCGGAUCAGGAGCAGGAUCACAGACAUCGCGACCUGCAACGGCGCCAGCGUGCUCCAGCAGCAACAACAACAACAAUAAUGCCACCAGCAGCACCAGCUUUUACAGGGUCAACCUGAGCAACACGAACAGCAGCAGCAUCAACAACAACACCAGCUGCAGCAGCAAUGCAAAUCAAGCCAGCAACAACAAUCACCAUGAGAGCAACAGCAACAGCACAUUGGUGGUCAACACCAGCAGCACUGCAGCGGCAGGAGCAACUGCAUCAUCGGCCAGCGCCAACAACAAUCACAUCUAUGUGAAUCCGCACAGCUACGACAGCAGCACCACCGGCAGCGUGAGUGGUUCCACGGCAGUGAUGCUGCCACUGCCACUGUCCCUGCCACUGAGUCUCCCGCUCAACCUGCAACAUCAGCCAUCAGCAGCAGCUGGAUCGGGAUCAGGUUCAGGAUCGGCAGCCACAGGAGCAGCAACACUCGACGCGCAGCAGCCACAUCCGCUGGGCGGCAGCAAUACGGGUGCCAUCAGUCGCAUUGGAACCCUGACCGGAACUGGCACCUCCACAUCCACCACCCUCAGCACCCUGAAUACAUAUCUGUUUCCCUGUGGCGCCGACUCCGCCAGCAGCUGCGAUCUGGACAGCAACUUCAGCCAGAUGCUGGGAGCCGGCAGCGAGGGUGGCGCUAGCAGUUCGCUCAGCCAGACGACGGCGCCCGCGGGUGCGGCUGCAGGAUUGGGAUUGGGCGUGCAGCUGGGACUGGGCUUCAUCAACAGUCGGCGGCGCAUUAGGCGGCUGUUUGGUGUGGGAGACAUGGUGCCGCCGGUGGCCACGCCCACACCGUAUGCAGCCGCCCUCAGACGACGCAGUUCGCAGUUGGUGCAAAUGACCAAGAAGCGGGAGAAGGAACUGGAGGAUCUGGAGCAGCAACAGCGAAUAGCCACGGUGGCCUCGGCAAAUGCCGCCUUCCUGGAGCGCCGCGAGCAGCAGCAACAGCAGCAGCAACAACAUCUGCAACAGACGCAACAGCAGCAGCAACAUCUGCAGUUCGCCUUCAAUCCCUUGCAACCGGAGGCUGGAAAAAAGAAGAAAAAGAAGCCACCUGGACCGCCGGCGCAUACGAGACAGCAAUCGUCGCGCACCAUGGACGAUCCCAUGAUGAAUCGACCCAGGAAGAGCACACCAGCGGCCAGCAAGAAGAAGGACAAGGGACCGGAGAACCCCUAUGAGAAGUCUUUGCCCAAAUUGAGCAGUCAAGACGAAGAAGGGGGGGCUGGUCAUGGCUUUGGUGGCGGACCGCAACACUUUGAACCCAUUCCUCACGAUCAUGAUUUCUGCGAAAGAGUCGUUAUAAAUGUAAGCGGAUUAAGGUUUGAGACACAACUACGUACGUUAAAUCAAUUCCCGGACACGCUGCUUGGGGAUCCAGCUCGGAGAUUACGGUACUUUGACCCGCUUAGAAAUGAAUAUUUUUUUGACCGUAGUCGACCGAGCUUCGAUGCGAUUUUAUACUAUUAUCAGAGUGGUGGCCGACUACGGAGACCGGUCAAUGUCCCUUUAGACGUAUUUAGUGAAGAAAUAAAAUUUUAUGAAUUAGGUGAUCAAGCAAUUAAUAAAUUCAGAGAGGAUGAAGGCUUUAUUAAAGAGGAAGAAAGACCAUUACCGGAUAAUGAGAAGCAAAGAAAGGUCUGGCUGCUCUUCGAGUAUCCAGAGAGUUCGCAAGCCGCCAGAGUUGUAGCCAUAAUUAGUGUAUUUGUUAUAUUGCUAUCAAUUGUUAUAUUUUGUCUAGAAACAUUACCCGAAUUUAAGCAUUACAAGGUGUUCAAUACAACAACAAAUGGCACAAAAAUCGAGGAAGACGAGGUGCCUGACAUCACAGAUCCUUUCUUCCUUAUAGAAACGUUAUGUAUUAUUUGGUUUACAUUUGAACUAACUGUCAGGUUCCUCGCAUGUCCGAACAAAUUAAAUUUCUGCAGGGAUGUCAUGAAUGUUAUCGACAUAAUCGCCAUCAUUCCGUACUUUAUAACACUAGCGACUGUCGUUGCCGAAGAGGAGGAUACGUUAAAUCUUCCAAAAGCGCCAGUCAGUCCACAGGACAAGUCAUCGAAUCAGGCUAUGUCCUUGGCAAUAUUACGAGUGAUACGAUUAGUUCGAGUAUUUCGAAUAUUUAAGUUAUCUAGGCAUUCGAAGGGUUUACAAAUAUUAGGACGAACUCUGAAAGCCUCAAUGCGGGAAUUAGGUUUACUUAUAUUUUUCUUAUUUAUAGGCGUCGUACUCUUCUCAUCGGCGGUUUAUUUUGCGGAAGCUGGAAGCGAAAAUUCCUUCUUCAAGUCCAUACCCGAUGCAUUUUGGUGGGCGGUCGUUACCAUGACCACCGUUGGAUAUGGUGACAUGACACCCGUCGGCGUUUGGGGCAAGAUUGUGGGAUCACUUUGUGCCAUUGCUGGCGUGCUGACCAUCGCACUGCCGGUGCCGGUCAUCGUCAGCAAUUUCAACUACUUCUAUCACCGCGAAACGGAUCAGGAGGAGAUGCAGAGCCAGAACUUUAAUCACGUUACUAGUUGUCCAUAUUUGCCAGGUACAUUAGUAGGUCAACACAUGAAGAAAUCAUCGUUGUCUGAGUCCUCAUCGGAUAUGAUGGAUUUGGACGAUGGUGUCGAGUCCACGCCGGGAUUGACAGAAACGCAUCCUGGACGCAGUGCGGUGGCUCCAUUUUUGGGAGCACAGCAGCAGCAGCAGCAGCAACAACCGGUAGCAUCCUCACUGUCGAUGUCGAUCGACAAGCAGCUGCAGCAUCCACUGCAGCAGCUGACGCAGACGCAACUGUACCAACAGCAGCAACAGCAGCAGCAAAACGGGUUCAAGCAACAGCAGCAGCAACAGACGCAGCAGCAGCAGCAGCAGCUGCAGCAGCAACAGUCCCACACAAUAAACGCAAGCGCAGCAGCGGCAACCAGCGGCAGCGGCAGUAGCGGCCUCACCAUGAGGCACAAUAAUGCCCUGGCCGUUAGUAUCGAGACCGACGUUUGACUACUGGGUAAGUGUUGGAAAACGGCACUCGCUUGCUGCACAGACCCGACCCCCAACCCCUCACCAACACCACCAACAACCCCCCCAACAACUUCCAUCUUUGCCACACUACCUAUAUCUAUAUCUUGCUACGGCACUUACUCACUUAUCUGACCCCAACCCAAACACCAACAACCAUCCACUACCACCACCACCGGAACCCGUGCACCCUGACUCGUAGAGCGUAACUAGGUUUAAGUGUUGCAAAAUGCGAAAAGCAAAAUGCAAAAUUCCAAAACGGAUCGUUCGCACUGGCCGCCACAGCGGAAACAGUUUGUUUUGCUUCAAAAGUGGAAAAUACAAAUGGCAAAACUAUUUUGUUUUUAACUUCUAUUAAUUAAAUAAUUAUAACAAAUUGCAAAUCAAAAGCUCCCCUCAAAUAGCGAAAACAAUUUAUAUAUAGUAAUUCCAGCUUAUAAUUUAAAACCCAUAAGCUAUUUUCUCUGUGCAGUGCGAACAUUCGAUCAAAUAAAUUGAACUGAAUUGAAUUACGAUUUGAUUAGAACAUAACUUUUUCUCUCUUUUCUCUUCACGUGCGCGCUCCUCUACCUACGCGAUACACAUGUUUGCCUAUGUUUACGUAUAAACCUAAUCCUAAAACCUAAACCUUUGCCUACGUCUCGAUCCCCAUGUAUGUAUUACCAUAUGUUUGAUCUAUAUGUAUAUAUAUGUAUGACGAAUGAAUCAGUGCAAAAGACGUUGCGUGGUAUAAUUUUGGCCUUGACAGGAGUUACGUUGGAUGCCAGAAACGACUACAAAAGCUGUUUAUAUUUAAUUUAAGUAGAACAAAUAACAAAAACAAAUUUAAUCUAUUGCUAAAUUAAAUUAAAUCUAAAUUAAAUCCUAAAUUAAUUUAAUUAAAUUAUACAUUUAAUUAUAAACAACACAAAAAACAAAAUUCAAAUCCAAGCCAGAGAAAACAAAAGAAACAAGCAAGAAAUGAACGAUAUGAGAGAGUUCCAAUAAAUUCGAGUAGUAAGGCAUAAACCAAAAAACCAAAAAUUAAUGAACAUUGACAAAUAACACUACAAAACAGAAGAAGGGAUAUUAAAAAGCAACAGCAUCGAAGAGGUGAUGGCGGAAUUUAAUCAAAUUUGCAACAACCAAAGCUGAAUAACAACGCGAUCAAGCUGCAAGAGCAAGUGGAAACUGUAAAUAAUGCAAUAAAAUCACAAAGCUCACAUGCCAUUAGCCAUUUAGCAAGCAUAAUACUCGUACAGUGGAAAGGCUUUAGAACUCAAACCACAAACUCCAAAGGACGAACAAUGAAGCCAAGCACAGUGAAGCAAGUCCACAUAUUGAGGGAGGUCCCUUUGAAGAGCUGAAAAAAAAAGAGACAGUCACCGAACAGACACACACACACACACAUUAUUACACGCAUUACUAAAAAAUAUAGUAAAACUGCCGUUAUAUUUAACUGAAAAGUAACAAAGAAGAACCAUGAACUAAAGUAAAACCAACAUGUAUAGUCAUCAAGCGAAACCCGAGGCAAUAUCUGCUUUUUAAAUGUGACAGGAAAUACUAUCAUGUAACUAACUUAGACAGCAGGCCAUUUAACUGAACUACUCGAUAACUGAACUAACCAAACUAAGCAUAUACACACACACACACAUACCUAUAUGUGAUAGAUGUACUAUGUGUGUAACCUAAACAAUAUCGUUCGUAACACUACUCAAGACCCUUUGUUUUUUGACUAAAACUUAAGAGAUAUCCAGAACCCUCCACCUAUGCCCACCCAGCCCACUUCUAACCUCUCUAACCUGAACACAUAUUAACUAACUGAACCCAUAUCAGAUAUCAGCUAUUAUAACUUCUGCUUCGAUCCCCCCGAAUUAAAACGAAAUAAAAAGUACAAAUAUUCAACUAAACGCAAAGCAAACGCGAAACAACUAACGCUCUCGUCAAAUAUUACGAUUGCUGAAAGGAAUUUCGAAGACAGGUAAAGGCGAAACGACUGCAAUUUAACUACAAGACCGAACGAACAUUAAUGGAAACAUCCAAUGGAGAUUGCUCGUAUUCCCCAGUCACAGAUCCGCUCAAUCACAAUAAAUAAUAUCAGAAAGCAAAAGAUAAGGUGGCGACAAGAGAUACAACAAAACCGAAAACGCUCUUAUGAUUUUUGUAAUGAAUUCAAAACUAUAUAUGACAAGAAGACAAGGAGAAAACCAAAAGAUAUCAAACCAAGCCAGCGAUGAUUUCUUUGACUGAAUUGCGGGGGUUGGUCAUUAUACCCCAUUCCCACCACAAGAAACCCCCCCCUCAUUCACAGCAAACAAAAUACAAAAAAUCGUUGACUGAACUUUGCGAAUUCAACUUUUGCAUUAAAUGUAUUAUAACAGAGACACUAUAGUAUGAAGAUAUAUAUAUAUAUAUAUGUGUGUGAAUGUAACUUGCAUAGAUGAAUAUUUAUCAUAUAUAUAUGGAUUCCUAUAUAUAGGAGACCUGUACAUAAGAAGGCUUGCUCUAGUCGAUGUUAAUUGAUGGACAGCAAUGAUGGCAACAAGAUACCGAUCAUAUUUGAGUGUAAAUUUUAAAAUGCUUCGAAAACCGUCCACACACACACACACGUACACACAAACGUACUUACCACACACACACAAACACAUAUAGAUAUGGUCGGGGCAAUACCCAAAGUCAGGGGCGGAGGGGCUAGUGGGGGUUUUAGAGUCCCAAGCCAACAAAAAGAUCCGGAGGAGCAGAGCAGAGCAAAGUGCCUUAAGGAACAUUGUAAGCUGGCCGAUUCGACCCCCUUUGUCGACUCAGCCCCUGAAUAUUGGUGUAUGGCCCCCCUUUUUUUUGCGACCGCCCCUGCAACCCCUAGCAAUUCAGUAGAACCAGCUGAAAAAGCGAACAAUAAUGCAACGUUUCCAAGGUGCCACAGUGGAGGCCAGAUAUGAAGGGCCGAACGAUACGUGGACACCGUGUAAAUAGUCGCUACCCAGAUUCCCAAUGAAAUAGGGUAUCCCCACUGUGGCUGCUAACUGCUGUAAAUACUCUCCAAAUACAAAUACAUCUUGCAAAUGCAAUUUUGUACAAAAAAAAAAAAAAAGUGAAAACUAAAAACUAAUCCUAACAAUAAACCCAAUAAAAGCUAAUUAUAUUAAGUAAUAAAUAAAUAAAUUGAAAUGAAAUGAAAUGAAAGAGUAUAAAACAUUUAAAUGUCAGCUAAUUGUACUGUAUGUAGUUUCUCUAUAUCUGUAAGAAAGCAAAGAUUUAAGAGAUGAAUAAGCAUUAGAGAAGAUAACGAUAAAGAUAAAGGUCCAGUCGAAGAUGAUGAAACUAGCAAAACACCAAAAACGAACGAGGAUUGAGGAGAGGGAAAUGAAGCGUAACGAAAAGAAAACCGCCUACUUAAGAUUAGAUUUUAUGUUUUAGAUCGAUCGGUCGGAGGAAAUGAUUUUAGCUUCAUAAAUACAAGAUACCAGAUAGCGGAUAAAGGUAAACGAUAAAAGAUAAAAGAUAAAAGAUAAAAGAUACCAAGCGCAUGAUAUAUGAACAUGGAAAUGAAUCCAGAUAGCGAUACAAAGAGCCGAGUGUAAAGUAAGGUUGUUUUUUUUUUCUAGCCUUAAUCUAGACAAAUGAAUAAAUUUAGCAAGCAUAAGUGUAAAUGAGUCUAAGAAUUACCGAUGUAUAGCUGAAUUUAGAACAUUAUUUUAAUUUAAUUAUUACAACUAUAUGUUCAUAUUUUGUCCUACAUCUUAAGACUUUGAUUUAAUCACAAAAUAAGCCACUAUAAUUAAACAAAAAUAAAAAAAAGAAACCAAAAUUAAAACCACAAAUAAAAUGGAGAACAAGAAAUUGAAAAUCGUGUUAAUAUUUACUUAUGAAAGCUUAACAAAAAAAAAAAACAUUAAUUAUAAAAAGAAACAAAAAAAAAAGAAAAAAAUUUGGAAUAAAUGUGUUCAGCAAAAGAAAUGUUAUUAUAUGUUUAAAUAAAUUACAAUUAAUUCGAAAUGAACAAAAAAUUUAAUGUAAUUAAAUUAAAGCUAAGUACACAAGUAAAAUUCUAAACAAUUUCAAAUUGUACAUAAACAGCAUAUACAUAUACAGAUACAUUUAGCAUGUAGCAUAUCUAGCAUAUCUAAACAUAUGCAUAUGCUGCAUCCGAAUUACAAGCUAGCUAAUCGCAGACUAAGCGCAGACUAAAAUAUGAAAAACCUAAACCUUGAACAUACCAAAGACACUCGAGCAUGAGAAACUCAAUGAACAGUGAGAAGAUUAGGAAAACGGAACCCCAUGCUGAUCCAAUCCGAUCCGAACCCACAAUAAAGAAGCGAUAUCAAAGCAAAUAAAUUGAGAAAAGCGUU